AUGGAAAACGACGAAGACCCUUACUACACGGCAGAAGACGAACAAUACGUUCCAUCAUACACUUCCCGGUCAGAUGCAAACGAAGACAACCUUGACUCUGAUACCGCUGAAGUAGUUUCAAUAGAUGAGGCGCUUCAUAUCUCUCCAUACAAAACAAGGAAAAGGCUACGACGUCCAUCGGAAUAG